AUGCCGUUCUAUGAAGUUAGCGUUAUCACACGAUCGUUGUCCAAGGUUGACCUGCGAACGAUUGGGAAGGAAAUUUUCAUUUCCGUUUCAGGCCGAUCUCGUCAAGGCGCUGACACGAGCUGGAAACACAUUGCUGGAUCAUGGGGCAGUCAUCGAAAAAGUUGAAUCACUGGGACACAGAGAUUUACCGUACAAGCGACUGGCCAAACAAACAAAUGAGCCUGUUUACGCUUCAAAGUUAGAACAAACCGCCGAAAUUAUGAGCUGAUUGAUCGUUUUCAGUUUUUUUCUUUUCAAAGCACACAUGUCAAGAGAAUCAAAGCAAAAGACGAAGUCCAUUUUAACGCACGAUCUGGAUACUGUCAGACAAUAAGCCCAACGACAAAUUCUAAGUUUUGUUUUCAGGUGCAAGUAGAUCUGAUUCAAGUGGACACACUCUCUCAACCAAAGAUCGAAUGCAAUCUGGAAGAGAUUCUGAAGGCGCCAGCAGAAAGAGAAGCCGUGAAGGAGCUUCGUGAGAACCAGAAGAUGGGUCACUUCACCCGACAGAUGAUCUACAAGCGAACGGAGAAGGAGUGGAAGAGCAUCCCGAAGAGUUACCCCAUCGCGCCGCCAAGGCCAUAG